GGCGCUAGAAAAACAUGAAAACAUUUUUCUUCAACUGUAUUUGUUACAGCUAAUAAGUAUAUAUAUCACAAUAUAUAGUGCCUUGGUGUCUUGUAGAGCAACACAAAAUUACUUAUCACAUUAAAUUCAUAAGUUGUAAUAUUUUUUUUAAAUACUGCAUAUAUUAAGUUAAACUUCAUAGAUAUUGAAAAAGAAUUCUAAAAGAUUUGACAGAAGAUUAGUGAACUUAUCAUUAUACGUAUAUUAUUUACGUAAUUUGUACUUAUCAAUGUUAUAAAAUUUGAUGUAUGAUAUUCUUUAAUUGCAAUUCUAACAUAAUAUGAAUUGGUUACUACUAUCAUUGUUCUUUAUCAGUCUCAUAAAUAAUAGUAUAUCAUGGAAGACUUUUAUGAGAGGUAGAAGUAAAUAUGGUAAUCUAGGUGUUCCAGCUUUAUCUAAAGAUCAAGAACUUCCAAGCGACCAAUGGUUUACACAGUUUUUAGAUCACUUUAAUCCAACUGAUGCACGUGUUUGGCAACAGAGAUAUUUUGUAAAUGGAGAAUACUACAAGAAAGGCGGGCCAGUAUUCUUGAUGAUAAGUGGUGAAGCUGCAGCAGGUUCUAAAUGGAUGAAAGAAGGUCAAUGGAUUGAGUAUGCCAAGCAAUUUGGAGCAUUAUGCUUUCAGGUGGAACAUCGCUUUUAUGGGCAAAGUCAUCCUACUUCGGAUCUCAGUGUAAAGAAUUUAAUGUAUCUUUCAUCACAACAAGCACUUGCAGAUUUGGCUUACUUCAUACAACUUAUGAAUAGUAAUUACAAGCUACCAAAGGAUACCAAAUGGAUUGCAUUUGGAGGAUCAUACGCUGGAUCAUUAGCUGCAUGGUUGCGUUCUAAAUACCCACAUUUAGUACAUGGAGCUGUUUCUGCAAGUGGUCCUUUAUUAGCAGAAAUUGAUUUUCAGGAAUACUAUGUUGUCGUUGAGAAUGCUCUCAAAGAAUAUUCUGAGGAAUGUGUGAAUACAAUAAUAAAGGCAAACCAACAAUUUCAUAUAAUGUUACGUCAUCCUAUUGGUCAACAAGGAAUAGUUAAAAAAUUUGCUUUAUGUGAUCCUAUUGAUCCUGGGCAUACUAAACGUAAUGAUAUCUCGAAUUUAUACGAAACAAUAGCAAGCAUCUUCGCCGGUAUUGUACAAUAUAACAAAGACAAUCGUAAUAAUUCCGCAAUGGCUAAUCUCACUAUUGAGAGCGCCUGUGACAUUUUAACGAAUGAAACAUUAGGUAUAGCUGUCGAUAGACUUGCAGUCUUAAGCACCAAAAUAUUGAAUGCAUCAGGAGAGAAGUGUUUAGAUUAUACGUAUAGCAAAAUGAUUCAUAAACUUCGAAACGUAACGUGGGCUAGCGAAGAAGCAGAAGGAGGACGUCAAUGGACGUAUCAAACGUGUACAGAAUUUGGAUUUUUCCAAACUUCAACAGCACGCCCCAAUUUGUUUAGUGAAACUUUCCCAGCAGAUUUCUUUGUACAACAAUGUGUUGAUAUAUUUGGUCCAAGGUACAAUAUUCAUUUGUUGAAUUCGGCAAUUAAUAGAACAAAUAUUUUAUAUGGAGGAUUAGAUUUGAAAGUUACAAAUGUAGUGUUUGUACAUGGAUCAACUGAUCCUUGGCAUGUUUUGGGAAUUACAAAAUCACCAAAUCGGCAAAUGCCUGCCAUUUAUAUUAAUGGUACUGCUCACUGUGCUAACAUGUAUCCUCCCUCCAAAAAUGAUCCACCUGAAUUGAAAGCUGCCAGAGUAGCGAUCGAACGUUUAAUAUAUCAAUGGUUGCAUAGUUAAUUAUGAUAUCCUUAACGCUUUAUGUGAAACAUCCGACUGCUUAAUGAUAAAUAGAUUUUUAUUUCUUUUAUAAAACAACGAUGCAUUACAAGAAUUAAAUUUAUUUCAGUAAAUUUUUGAACAAUUCAUAUUUUCAUUUAUGAGUUUCUGUGGAACAAUUAUUAUUAUACUACGUAAAUAUUUUUAAUUUACAUUUAUAUUCAAAUAAAAUUCGUGCAUUAUUAAUACUAAAACUAAUUACGUACGUAGACUUACUAAAAACAUACGAGUGUUUGUCAUUCUGUGUUUAUAUUAAACCACAAGAAUAUAUAGAUACAAUUAAACAAAUUUGCCCGUAAUGGCACUAUUACAAUUUCCUGUGGAUUACUGAGAUAUCAAAUAAAUACAUGUACAUACAGA